AUACAGAUAAGAAUGUCAGUGCCAAGAACUAAAAGAAGACGUGUUAUAGCAUAUGGGUCUUAUAAUGGAUCCAAAGUUGUCAAUAUAUUUAGGUGUGGGGAAUGCCAGGGUUACUUUCCUUCACUUAAAUCUAUGGAUGAACAUUUCAGAUCAUAUACUGAUAAUUUGAAUGACAAUCCCAAUUGUAAUAACUCAACAGCAGCAGAAUCUGUUAAAUUAAAGUCAGUCAGCUCAAAAGAAGAAUGCCAACCUCCAGAGAAAAUUUGUAGGAGAUCCCCAAGUAAAACAGAAAUCAUAAAUGAAGGUAGUCAUAAAGAUAAGUCAGAUGAGACAGAAAUAGAUAGAGAUUUUACCUUAAAACGGAAGCAGGGACAUCUGGAUAUCAUUUCUGAGGAAAUUCCUCACCAAACUUAUGAAAACAGAAAAGAUUUGAAUCUUAGAAAGAAAAAUAUUGCCAUUGCGAAAGUUUUUGAGAGUAACAUCAGUAAAACACCUACAAGCUUGAUACAAGUUUUAAACAGAAGUGAGUCCCAGCAUGAAAAUCAUUGCAGAAAAAUUGCAUCUGCAAAUACUUUUGUGUGGAACACUGAAGUUUUUUAUACAGACAUGACUGAAGAAUCUUUUGGUUUGUCGGAUGGAAUAAAGUCUUAUUCAUCUAAGGUUGAUCCUGUACCAAAGACUGAUAAUGUAUGCAAAACUUUUCAUCAAACUGGUGAAGAAAAGACUUUUGGAGUAACAAAUUGCCACUCUUUGAUAGACACACACAGCCUUGAAACAAAGCAGAAUGUUGCAACAGUGGUUCAAAAUGCAAAUAAUUCCUUACUGAGAGAGCAAUGUACAGACAUAAUGACUGACAAAGAUAGACCUGUUUGCCAAUUAUUUCCUUUAGAUAAUUUAGAGGAGAAAAAUAAUAUACACAUCAGUUCAAAUGUGCCAAAACAGACUGUAGAAAAAUUUGUUGUUGCAAAUAAUAAAAUGAAUACUGACAUAGUUGAGGAAAACGUAUUGUUGGCAGAAAACCCAGAUGCUGUGAGUGAAAGAACUAUGUCAUCAAAUGAUAGAAAUAGAUAUUUCCUCAGGAAAAGAGCUGUUCGUUCUUACUGUGAGAGUAAUCUUGAAAAAGAUCAAAGUGACAAUGAACAGUCAAGUGAUACUGAAAGUCUUUUUGAUACUGGUUAUUCGGUUGACUUGGACAAUCUUAGUGAUGGUGAAAGUAUAAGUGACACUGGAAGUCUGAAUGAUACUGAUGAUUUAAAUUUAUGUGAUAUCACAGGUUUAAAUGACACUAAAGAUUUGAAUAAUUCUGAUACUAGAGACAAAUCUAUUAGUCUACGGGAUACAUGUCAAUCUAUAAAUAUUGAAAACAAAGCUGAUAAAAGACAGAUCAACAGUUCAAAUGAUAUGGCAUAUGUUAAGUGUGAAGAAACAGGGGAAUGCAUUGCGGCUGUUGAUAUGUCAAAAGAUGCCAGAGAAAAUAAAAUGAACUCAGAUAAUGAAGCGAAAAACAGCAAAUUGAAAACAGAUCAUAUCAGUAAAGAGAAAAUGCCCAUAAACACAACAAGGAAGCUUAAUAUCAAUAUUGAUGUAAGAAAGUUUCAGACUGAUACUUUACCAAAAAAGCCCACAAAUGCAGCUAUAAUAUCUCAAAGUAAAAGAUCUGAUAAAAAUUUGAGAGAGAAAGAUUGUUCAUAUGAUAAUUGCCAUAGUUGUGAUAGAUGUAAGACACAAUUUACUACAACAAAUUGUUAUAUCAACCAUUUGAUACUCUAUCACAAUCCUGCUUUCACAAGAAAGGAAUUGACAAAGUGUCCUAUUUGCCAGAGAUCAUAUGACAGUUUCAUAAAUAGUAGAUUAAGAUGCCACUUAAUGCUGCAUUUUCUUUGUGAAAUGAAAUGUCUUAGAUGUAGUCUAAGAUUUGCUUCAGUCAUUGAUUUACAGAGGCACCUUCUUGUUUGCAAAAGUAAUUCCAAUUAUAUUAAAAUUAGAAAACUAAAUGGACUAUUUUACCAUUGCAAUAUAGAGUGUGUAAAAUGCAAAUUCUUUCAUAUAUACAAUCCAAUAGGUCAAGCAGAAGCUCUCAUUAAUGACAUUUUACAAACUAUGCCUGAAGAGAAAGAAGUAAACAUAUUAAAAGAAAAGUUUGAAGCGAUUGAAAAGAAUAUAUAUAAUCAUGCACCAACGAGAAUUCGUUGUUUAAAAUGCAAUAAUAUUUUUGAAUAUAUUUCAUGUGCAGUCAAUCACGUUGCUCUUAUCCAUAUGACAGAGUCUGAUAGGAAUAAUUUUCACAUGUUAAAUAAAAUUUCAUUUGUCUUUAACUGUGAAACAUGCAAACAAAGGCACGGAGUUGGCAUAUGUGAAAAGUAUAAGAAACUGUUUUAUAGAAAGGCUUUUGGUAACGUUUUAAGUGCAAAUGAAUCAAAUACAUUGAAUUAUAAUGAUAGAAAUGUUAUAUCCUUGAUCAAACAAGGAUUUGUCAAUUGCUUCGGAUUAGAGAGUAUAGCGUCAUUUAGUGGACGCUUUAUUUGCAAAGAAUGUAAUAGUAAAGCUUGGACAUUUGCUUGUAGUUUGAACCAUUUGAUAGUUUGUCAUUUUGAUGAAUUGACUAAAGAAACCAUUUUGGAAGCAAGUUUUUUUCAAAGAAGAAACUCAAAAUGUCAUUGCAAGACCCGGCAUUUGUUUUCAUUUUGUGAUUUCCAACUUUUUAAAGAUUGUUUAUCGCGUGCAUUUGAUGGAACUUCUGAAAAUGAAAACAUAUCCCAAGAGAAAAAAUGUUCAGAGAAGGAUUUGUUGGAUGUUAACAAGUUUAUGAAAGUACUCAUUAAUGAACGAAACAUAAUUGCUGAGUUACAGAAGAAGGAUGCAACUUGUCAAAGUGUUGAAAAUGCCAAUGAAAUGGAACAUAUAUCUCAAGACAUGAAACACAGAAUUGCCGAAGUUAAUGGAACUUUUAUCUGUCAAGUAUGUCAUUCUGAUUUUAAACAUAUCUCAUGUUGUAAAAACCAUGUGUUGACAGAACAUGGCUAUUAUUUCUCUUAUCAACCCGGCUCAGCAGUAUAUACUUGUCCAGUAUGUAAGAAACAUUUUCAUGGUCUUAAUAUUUUGAAUGGACAUUUACAGCAUCACCACACUAUUUAUAAAUUCACAUGUGUGAAGUGUGAUGAAAGAUUUAAUUCUCACAGGAAUGAUCAUUUCAAAUAUUGUAAAAGUUUUAUUAAAAAAAUUUUUAAUCAACAAUUGUCAUGCAAUGACUGUGACCAAAUACAUAAUUGCAUUGUAUCAAGCAAAGAAAAGGAACUAAUCAAUGGUUAUUCCACAGGAAAGGAGGCUAUUUUUAGUAGAAUAAGAAACAAUCAAACAAAUUUCUUACAGGGUAAGAAAAAAGGUUCUGACAGAUCUGAUAUGAAAGACACUGAUAUGAAAGACAGUACAACACAUUUUCAAGAAAACCAGUCCAAUGAUGACAUGAUACAAGGUUCAAAACAUGGUAAUAAAGAACACUCAGGUUCUAGCACGGAAAAAUACGAAAUUUAUGGCCAAGAUGACCACUCAAGACCUGGUAUGGAAGAGGGUUCAAAUAGUAGCCAUGAAGACCACACUUAUUCAUGUAAAGUAGUAGGUUCAUGUGGAAAAGGAAAUGAUUCUGCUUCUGGCUUGAAAGAAAAUUCAUCACUUGGUCAAGAAGAGCACACCCAUUAUUGCUUGAAAGGAAGUUCAACACAUGGUCAAAAAGACAACACAAGUUCUGAAAUAAAAGUAAGUGCAACACCCGAUCAGGAAAACACUAACAUUUCUGACAUUGAAGAUUGUGCAAUACGUGGUCUUGAAGACUAUUCAAGUUUGGACACUUUGAAAAUUUUAAAACAUGGUCAAAAUAAGGCUACCUGCUCGGGUAUGCAGGAAGACGCAGUAAAAGGUCUAGUAGAACAAUCAAGUUCUGACACAGUAGAACAUUUAAGACAUGAUGAUAAAGAAAAUUCAAUUUCUAGCAUGAAAGAAUGUUCUGCACGUUGUCAAGAAGACCAUUCAAGUUUUGACAUUACAGAAAUUGCAACACAUGAUCAAGAGAAACAUUCAGUUUCAGGCAUAAAAGAAGAUGCAAUACAUGUUCAAGAAAACAACCUAUCCGUGUUAAAGAGUAUAAGACAUGAUCAAAAAGACCUAUCUGGUUCUAGCAUGAAAGAAAACGCAACUAAUGGUGAAGUAGAACAGUCUAAUCCAACCAUAAUGGAACGUUUAGGACAUGAUAAAGAAGACAAUCCCAGUUCUGACAUAGAAGAAGGUGUAACAAAUGGUAAAGUAGAGCACUCAAUUUCUGAUAGUUUAGUCUGUUCAAGAAAUGGCGAAAACCCCAUUUUAAAUACUGGAAUGCAAGAAGGUAAAAUGAAUUGUAAAGAUGGCCAUUUUAGCUCUGGUUUUGAGGACAAUGCAAAACAUGACCAAGAAGACGACUCUACUUAUGGAUUGAAAGAGGGUACACCAUAUGGUAGAAAAGGUCCAAAUACUGCUUUUGUUCAAGAAAAAUCAAGUAAAUCUGAAUUGAAAUCCCAGACUCGAGACAUAUUGAAUCCUCAAGCAGAAAACCACACAGAGCAUGAUGUUAUAGAUAAUGUUGAUUAUGAAAAUUUAGAUGAUGUAGAGUGUAGAAGUGAGAAAGUUACUAGGGCUCAGAACGAGAGCUCAGAAUGGAAACCAAGUAAUUUUGAUGUUAUGUUUAAUGGUAAUUACUUUUUCUGUCUGUUUUGCCUUGCAAAAUUUGAAGAUUUAGAAUGUUGUUACACACAUGUGUUAUUGAAACAUUGCAUUUCAAAUGCUUUUAAAUGCAUUAUAUGUGAUCACUUGCUUUACAGAAAAUUAUCAUACAUUUCUCACUUAAGAAGGUUCCAUGAUCUUGAUUCCAUUUACUGUGAACAUUGCUAUGCAGGAUAUGAUGACAUUGCCUAUCGAGAUGAGCAUGUUGUAGCAUGCAAAAAGACCAAAAUCCAGUUAUCAGAUAGGGCUAAAACUUACAUGUGUAAGAAAUGCUACACUAUUCAUGUAAAGAUGUCAGAUCGUGAUAAGACAACUUCAUGUGAAGAAUGUGAACUGGGAUUUGCAAAUAUUGUAUGUGCUAAGAAUCACUUCUUCAUGAAACAUUUUCCGUCGUGGGUUAUUCUGUCAUCUUCAAACACUGUGUUCAAGUGUCCUUGUGGAAAAAAUGUUUUAACAAAAGCCGAAUUGAAGGUUCAUGUUCAAACAGACCAUGGAUCAACACUCGGUGAGCAAAAAGAAAAUGAAGCUUUGCAAAUAAGUACAUCUACAAGGUUAGAAUAUAUUGACUUUGACUUUUAUUUCAAGGCAUUACAAGCAGAUGGAAAAUGCAUAGGUUGUGAACACUUUCAUAUCAUUGAUUCAAAAACAGUUACAAUAAAGGAAAGCAAAGAAACUACAUGUAAAAUUUGCAAGAUAAAAUUUUCUACCAACACAUGUCUUAGAAACCAUAUGUUGAACACCCAUGGUGAUAAAUACAAUAUGCGGCAAUGUGUUGGAUGUGGUCUUUACUGUGCAGGGUUAGCAGUACUUGAAAGACAUCAGAAGAAACAGUUUUUUGACAAUGAACACGAAACCUGCGUAAAUGAAAGUGAUGAUUGUGUUGAAAUGACAUGUCAGAGAUCAAUGCCUAUAUUUGAAUGUGAUAAAUGUGAGGAAAUUCAUCAACACAAAUUCAUGAUGGAUGAACAGAAAUUCAAUGAUGCUAAACCGCCUGAAAAAUUUAGUGAGGAAAGAGUGAAAAAAAUGUAUUGCCAAAAGAAAAUAAACGUUUGUAAAAUUUGUAAUAUUCAAAUUGAAAGUCGUAGACUCUAUUUGCAACAUGUAAAGCAAUACCAUGAAAAAAAAGAAAAUAAAAAAGGUGACUUUUGCCAGAUCUGUAAAAAGCGAAUUGAAAGUAAUGUGUUUCUCAUGGAGCAUAUACAACAAGAACAUUGUACCUUUAAAAUUGUUCAAGGCGAAGUGUACAAUAAUAUUUCAAGAAAUUUUUCAUGUGAGUAUUGUGGAGAGACAUUUUCAUUUUUCAUUGAUGCACAGAUGCACCUUCGCCUAAAACAUUUUGAGAAGCCGCUGACUGUAAAAAAACAUUUCUCAACGGAGAUACAAAACAGGAAAGGAUUUCAUGUUAUGCACUGUCCUGUGUGUUUUGAAUAUUGCCCAGAUAUCAACACGCUUGCUCAUUUGAAAAGUCAUUUUAAUACAGAUAACAUUGUGAAACAAACUAAGGAAUUUAUAUGUGACAUAUGUGGGAAGAUUUAUCACAAAAAAGCGACAUUUGCUGCUCACAAAUUGAAACAUACUGGUAUUCGAAAGUUCAAGUGCAACAUCUGUGAAAAGUCAUUUUUAUAUGAAAGCAAUCUUCAAACUCAUGUAUUAGUGCAUGGAGAAAAGAAAGAAGAAUGCAAAGUUUGUGGAAUGAAAUUUACAUUGCCACACCACGUUAGAGCCCAUAUGCAAAGGAAACAUCCAAAGAAGUCUUAAGUAAUUAUUACUCAUUGCUCUAGGAAGCUCGAUCAUGUAUUAUAUAAACUUUAUUUUAUAUAUUUAAAGUGUGUUAAAAUGUUU